AUGGAGACCACACCAAGGCUUCCUACCAAGACAUGGCAGCGCCUGGCGCUGGGCGUCAAGAGCCGGGCCAACAUCCCGAUGGCUUCCGGCUCCAGAUGCACGUGGAGGUCCAUGCUCUCCAGGCACUGGGCUCCAGUUCUGCUCCUGGUGUCCAGCGGACGUGCUUGUCGUCGUGUGAGUCGCCGUGCUCAGAAGCAGAUGAGAGUUUUCGGCAUCUCAGAUGUGCAUACAGACUGGGAGGAGAACUUCGACCACUUGGCGGCUUUGCCAGUGGGGCCGUUCAAGGACGACGCACUGCUGGUGGCCGGCGAUGUCUCUCAUGACCUUGGCGUCUUGAAGAGAACCAUGAGGCUUCUCUUGGGACGCUUUGCCCACGUUUUCUUUGUGCCUGGCAACCAUGACGUCUACGUCGGCAGCAGCAAGGACAGCAUUGACUGCUCUCUGGAGAAGCAAGAGAGGUUGUUGGAUGAGUGCGCCCGCAUGGGAGUUUGGACUCGUCCUGUCCGCUUUCCUUGCCAGAAACUGACGAUUGUCCCGCUCCUCUCAUGGUACCACGAGGAAUUCGACUCAGAGCCGGAUGUCCCGGUGUGGUCCAAGGCUGCGGCGCGGAGACAUGGCCGAAUAGCGCUGCUUGGGGACGAGAUCGAGUGCAGCUGGCCGGGCCGACUCGGCAAGACGCCGGCGGAGCGCAACCGAAGCUUGGCCCAGUGCUUUGAUGCAGCAAACGACAAGCACGCGACGGAGAAGGUGAUUCAGUCUUCUUCUUCGAGCGUGAGCAUGGAGAUGGUGAGCUUCCAGGACGCGGUCGCAGCGAGGAGGCGUGGCGAACAUGUGCUGUCGAUGUCACACUUCCUGCCUCGGCUAGAACUCUUGCCGGAAAAGCGAUUUCUCUACUUCCCGCAGUUGGCCAAAGCUUCCGGCUCGCGCUUCCUCGCAGAUCGCUUGUCCCGGCUCCAGCCAACGCUGCACCUUUUUGGCCACACGCACUUCGCAUGGGACCAGACGCUGAAGGGUGUGCGCUUUCUCCAAGCCGCGCUGGGAUCGCCAUCAGAGCGUCAGACGCGGAAGCGGGUCCUGCAUCUGGAGGGCGGUGUUCCCACGCUUCUCUGGCGCGGUGCCUCAGCUGCGCCGCUGCCGGCGCCCAGAGCGGCACUCUGGUCGGACUACUAUGCUCGGUACCGGCGGGCGCCGCGCAGCCCCGUGCCAGGACCAUGGCUUCGCUUUGGGCGGCGACGCAGGUCUCGGAGAGUGCGGAAGGCCGUUGCCAAGAAGGACGACGCUGGAAGUGCUACGGUGUGUCUCGUGUGGGAUUUGGGCGAGGAUCCAAAAGAGCAAAUGGAUCUGUUGAGUUCGGAUGAGAGACAUCGAGCUGAAAGUUUCAGCUCCGACGGUGCUCGGAAGAGAUUUGUUUGGAUGCGAGCUUCCUUGCGAUGCAUGCUGGCAGAACACUUGGGUCUCGAUGCAACGAGUAUCAAGUUUCAGUAUGGCAUGCACGGCAAGCCUUCUUUGGCAGCUCCUCUGGCUGCGCAGCGCUGCAGUUUCAGCGUAUCGCAUUCUGGGGAGGUGGGGGCGCUCCUUUUGUUCAUGCCCGAGCAGUCGGAGCCAGGAUGCCUGGCUGCGCCUGUCGGUGUCGACCUCGAGCUGCAUCGGCCCAGGCCGUUCCGGAGACUGGCCGAACGCUUCUUCACAUCUUCUGAGGUGGAGUCUUUGGAUCAGGCAUCCUCCAAUCCAGAUGACAUGCUGCAACGCUUCUUCGAGAUGUGGACAAAGAAGGAAGCGUGGCUAAAGUCUUUGGGCACUGGCCUGGCAGGUGGUCUUCAGAACUUGGACUGCUCCGUGGCCGGCGAUGUAGAAGCGAUCAUGCAGGCUGUCGACGGCUCUGAUUCUUCCGAGCCUUCGAACUACGUUGUGUCCACGCUGCGAGAGGUGCCCCUGAAGCAGCACAGUUUAUCCGUUGCCGUGCCAUGUGGAACGCCGUUGCGCUUCGACAACAUGUCGAAGGCUGCAGAGCUGUUCGUUUCUGAUGUUCAGGUUUGGAACCAUGGUGCGGUGCUCAGUCAUGCCCCUGCCAAGCGCCCAGCUGCGUCUACUGCCGGUGCGGCAGCAAAGAAGGCCAAGGCCCGACCGACAGCCAUCAGGAAGCAAGCCAACAUGACAACGCAAGCGCUUCGCUACGCACAUGCUUUGCUUGCAAUCCUUUGGCAGGGCCCGGCCAUCGGCAAAAUGUGCAAGGUAGUUCCACCAGAUGUCCUGGCAAGGAUUAGCGAGGAGAACGAGCGAUUAAAGCAAGAGGUCUUGGCUCUCAAGGAGAAGCAUGAGAGGGAAAAACAGCGCCUGGAAAUGCAGGUUCGUGGCGAGCGGUCCAUCGCUGAGCGGGAGGCCGAGCUGAAUCGGGAGAAAUCCUCGGAUUUGGAAAAGAUGAAGAUGCAGAUGGUCACGCUGACGCGGAAACUGGACGACGAGGUGACGGCCAAAGAUCAGGUGGUGGGCGAAACUCAUCGCUUGGAGCGGAAGCUGCAGGAGCUCUCCAUGGGCAGUGCCGCGGGCGGAACAGCCGCCAGCGGCUCUGCCGGCGCUUCUGGAGAGGAAGAAAGAUCGCGGGAGAGGACCAGCCAGGUCUCCACGAAGCUGAUGAGAGUCGUGGACCAUUGGAUGCGCUUCAAAGACAUCCAACAGGCGCUCCUUCGAGACGCAGCCAUCAACGACUUGGCCUUUGCAACGCUGGCACAGGCGCUGGUUGAUUGCCCUUCGCUCCAGACACUGGACUUGUCGCGAAAUCUUCUGACAAUGGACUCUUGCUCGGACAUUUGCCAGCUCAUCACGACUGCGCCGUGCCUGUCCUUCAUCUCCCUGGCCGAGAACCUCCUCAGUCUUCGCUGCGUAGGCUACUUCAUGACCGCCAUCAUGGAGAGGCAGACCACAAAGAGGUUGGUGCCACUCGACCUCCUCGAUCUGCAAGGCAACGAGGGGCUGCAGAUGGCCCUAGCGCAAGCGCCACCCCAGGAGCUUGUGGCUAAGCUCAGGGAGGCAGCUCAAUCGCCUUCUGGCAAGGCUCUAACGUCUCCUCCUGCCAUCGACCUUGCCAGUCACGUGAUGAGGUCGCUUUGGAGAUUUCUUCACGACACACAGCAUCCACAAGUGAAGAACACAACUGUGGAGGAGUGUGCCUUUCAGAGCAUGGACAAGGUCACCCUCCACAAAAUGGACACUGCCCUCAUGAAGAUCCUCUUGUUGGCAGCUGACGAGACCUUCGGCAAGGAGGCGAAGGCUGUGACGGCGAACGUCGUUCUCCUGCCUGCGAUGAUAUACCAGGCCCAGGCCGUGCGUCCCGACACGGUGGGAUCGCAGUCGGCAAGCAACGUGCGGCGGAGUGUUCAGGAAAGCUCACCAGUAGCUGCAGUGGAGAAGACGAAGCUCAAGCGGCAGCCGUCCCAGAAGAAGAUGCAGAAGGCGGCAUCAUCAGAGCCACUCCAGGACGAACCAAAGGUCUCUUCUGACCCCUUUGCUGACUUGAAGAGCGCCUUCGAGCCAGUGAAGGAGAAGGCAAAGUCCUUCAACCUGAAGCAGAUCGUCAGCAGGACCGGGACUGUCCUCAUGAACAUGCUGGAGCGGCUUCUCGAGAACACGGACAUUGAUGCUGUUGAUGUGGAGUCCAACAUGACGCUGCUUGAGUUCGCAUGCACAACGGGAAAUCUUGGCCUGGCGAAGCUCUGUUACCGUCGAGGCGCGAAGCUGAUGGCCAAGACCCGGAAAGGCGAGACAGCUUUCAACAUCGUGACUAGGGCGAAGCGCUACGAUAUGAUGGAGUUUUUGCACAUUUACGGCGUCAAGAUCAAUUCUGCAGAUGCAGAAGGGAGGACGGCCUUGCACGUGGCUGCCCAGUACAACGACGUGGAUGGUAUCUGCCGCCUUAUCGAAUGGGGUGCCGAUGUCAACAUCGCCGAUAACAAGAGGCGCACGCCCAUCCAUUUAGCGGCCGCUGGUGGCAACUUCCAGGCUUGCAUGCUGCUUCUGGAGAUGGGCGCGGACAUGAAUGCCAAGGACAUCCGGGAGUACACUGCCUUGGCGCAUGCUGAAGCCAACAACCACUUCAACCUCAUGGACCGCCUGGUCCAGCUUGGUGGAAGAGGUCAUGGCCUUCAUCAAAGCCGAGGCAUUGGCUUGACUGCGUCCAAGUCCCUGGCCAAUGUGGGCAUGGCGACGGCCGCCACGGACCUGGCAGUCUCGGCUGGACUGCUGAAGAGCUCCUCGCUGGGCAGGAUCGGAAAGGUGGCGGUGAAAGGAAUGCCUGGACCUCUUCUGCCCCAGAUCAUCAAGUGA